AUGGACAUGGCUCAGCUUCUCCAAGCCUUCCGAGAGGAACACCAAGCCAACACUGCAGCCCUCGAAAUGAUUGCUCAGGCUGUCAACUGCCAGCCGGCGGGGAACGGCAAUGGAUGCUCCACGUUGGCGGAGUUCAAGAAGCAUGCACCACCCACCUUCAUCGAGACUGCUGAACCCCUGGACGCAGACGACUGGGUCUGCACCAUUGAGGAUCUGCUGGAACUAGUCAGAUGCACUGAGGACCGUGAGAAGGUGGCAUAUGCUGCUCACUGUCUCGGGGGAACUGCCAGAGCUUGGUGGGAUGGCUUCAAGGCCAUGCAUGCUGAGCAAAACAUCACUUGGAAUGACUUCAAGGCAGAAUUCCGCAAGGCCCACAUUCCUUCCGGAAUCAUGGCCAUCAAGAAGCGUGAAUUCCGAGCCCUGAAGCAAGGAAGUAGCACUGUCAAGGAGUACAUGCAGAAGUUCAGUGUUCUCUCAAGGUAUGCUCCUGAGGAUGUCAGCACUGAUGCUGCCAAAAGGGAGCGCUUCAUGGAAGGCCUUAACCAGACUCUACAGUACUCGCUUGUUGUGUGUGACUGCCCGACCUUUCCUGAUCUGGUGAACAAGGCACUCAUGCUUGAGGACAAGCGACGUGCUUUGGAUGAUACCCGUAAGCGCAAGAUGAUCAGCAAGGGUAGCUCCAGCAACCAGAAGCCUCGCCCGUUGCAGCCAGCCCCGGUCAAGCCAACCUAUCAGCAGCCAAGAGCCCUUGCACCCCGCACCAACUAUCAGCCUCAGCAGUAUGCCAACCCCAGGCCAGCUUACAACAACCCCAAUAACAAUGCCGGCAAGAGCGGCAACCCCAAUCAAGUCACUUGCUUUGGAUGUAGUCAGCCAGGACACUACUUCAAGAAUUGCCCCAACAAGAUGCCCGACGCCUCGCGCCCCAAUGCGCAGAACCCAGGACAAGGCCGCGGAAUGCCACCAAGGAACCAAGCUCCCCGCAUCCCGCCAUACAAUGGCAAGGGUCGUGUGAAUCAUGUCACUGCAGAAGAAGCCCAGGAAGACCCGGACGUCGCGCUGGGUACGUUCCUUGUCAACUCAGCACCUGCAACUGUCUUGUUUGAUUCUGGAGCCACGCAUUCAUUUGUCACCCAAAAGUUUGCAUUAGAGAGUGGCAUGACCCCUACACCCCUGAAUAACCCUAUGGUGGUACAAACCCCCAGAGCAGAGAUGAGAGCCAAGAUAGGAUGUAAAGGAGUCGGGAUUGUCAUUAAUGGGGUAGACUUCCUAGCAGACCUUAUCAUCUUAAGAUCGCAAGGCUUGGAUGUGAUCUUAGGAAUAGAUUGGCUCAUCAAGCACCAAGGCUUGUUAGAUUGUGUCAACCGGACAUUCACCAUGACCAUUGACCAAGGAGUCGAAGUUAAAUUUGCCUCCAACCCCUCCUCUGCUCAAGCCAACCAAGUCAACCGUCUGACUGAAGUUGGAUUGGAGCAAGUGCCGGUAGUAUGCGAAUACCCCGAUGUCUUUCCUGAUGAGCUACCGGGAAUGCCUCCUAACCGAGACAUUGAGUUCAUCAUCGAGCUCAUGCCCGGAGCAGGACCCAUCUAUAAUAAGCCUUAUAGAAUGGGAUCGGAGGAGUUAGCAGAAUUAAAGAGGCAACUAGAAGAGCAGUUGAGGAAGGGAUUUAUCCGCCCUAGUGCCUCCCCUUGGGGAUCACAUGUUCUGUUUGUGGCAAAGAAGGACGAUCUGUUUGAUCAACUCAAUGGGGCCAAGGUGUUCUCCAAGGUCGACCUCAGAUCUGGGUACUACCAGCUAAAAAUCAGACCCCAAGAUAUUCCGAAGACGGCAUUUGUAACCAGAUAUGGCAUGUAUGAGUGCACGGUCAUGUCCUUUGGAUUGACCAAUGCCCCAGCUUACUUCAUGUAUCUCAUGAAUAAGGUCUUCAUGGAAUAUUUGGACAAGUUUGUCGUUGUCUUCAUUGAUGACAUUCUUGUCUUCUCGAAGACGGAAGAAGAGCACGAGCAACACUUGAGGAUGGUCCUAGACAAGCUUUGA